AAAACGAUUCCAAAUUCGUAUUCCCCAGCAUAUUUACCUCAAUAAUCGAUAUCUAAAUCUCUUUUGAUAAAAAUGGCAAUAGUACGUUUUGGAAUUAUCAGACAGAUGCUUAUCACUUAUCUUUUUAAUGUCAUGAGUUGGCAACUAUGAACUUUCUCAGUGCAACAAGUAUUCUGCCAUUACAACUGUGUAAAGUAAAUGUCAUCAAAUGCGGCGUCCAGUCAGAAGUCUUAAACAAUAAUUAGUCAACAGUCAUUACUAUCAUCGUCGUUCUCUUCAAGUGUCACGUCAUUUAUCCUUCAUCUAGCCACCUCGUCGUCAGUCAACACUAUAUGUCAACAUCAUGGACAAACAAGUUAAUGAAAAUCCCAGUCAGCGCAGGGCUUUAGAUUCUAAAAUAUUUAGCAAAAUUAAAUCAAAAUCCAGGCAAAUAUAUUCAUCAGUUCAAGAGCCAAAUUUUAUUCGCCAUAAACAUAAAACCAAUCUAAAUUUGCCUCCACCAAAUUGGUUAAAAAGUGAAGGAGAAUCAUAUGGAAUACGAUACACGACUGGAGAUGUGCAUGAUUUUUCUAGUUUUCAAAUGGCUGAUAUGUUUCUUGAAUACAUUGGCAAAGUGGAUUUUGUGUCAAAUGCAGAAAAUUUUAAGAACCUGUGUAAGAUAUCAUAUGAUAAAAAAUCUGUGAGCAUGAUGGUUCAUAGAGUUGAUAAUACAUUUUUAUUAGAUGAAUUUGAUAUUGAGAAACACUUGAUCAAGGCAACAAACGAAAAAUGGGACUGGUUAAAAAAAUUCUUUUACAACAAUAUUGUAAGAUCUACUGAUACUAAGGUGAAAUGUAUCACUAAUAAACAGAAUGAUUUUAGAAGUAUACAAAAUAAAGCUUUGGUAUCAAAAUUUCUGCACCAUAGCAUUGCAAUGGAUUCCCAUAAUUAUAAAGCAAAAAAUAACAUUUUUCAUAACGACACUUCUCCAUUAUUGUCUCCUCUACCAAAAACGAUACCAGAAGAAGUAUUUCCAGAUUUUCCUCAAAAUCAACAACUAUUUAACCGAAAUGUUUUAUGGGAUUUUGGAAACUUGCAAAUGUUAAUUGGUACAAAUUUACCAGUUUUUAAAAGUUGCAAUAAUUCUUCUUUAAGUGCAAGACUGAGAGACAUGUCAAAACCUCUGAGUAUAUUGACUGGAAUUGAUUAUUGGCUGGAUAAUUUAAUGUGCGAAAUCCCCAACAUUGAAUUGUGUUAUCAUAUAAAUGGUAUUGUCCACAAUUAUGAGUUAUUAAAGACUGAAGAUUUACCAUUUUUGAAUGGCUCAAAAUUUUCACCACAAAAUAUAAGCAAUAAUAUACAAAGUACAUUAUCAUUUUUAAAAUCAAAUGUUAUAAGUGUUGGACACACAUACUGGUUAUUUAAAGGAAAAAAUGAUAAUCUGGUAAAACUUUAUGAUUUGACAACAUUGUGUUCUGAAUCAUUAAUUGAUAGCGUAAAUCCAUUUGCAGUUCCAGUGGCUAGGUUAUUAUACCGUGUUGCUUGUAAAUUUAGACAUAACCCAGAAGAUGGAAAACUAUAUAAUCCAGUUACUAUUAUACAUUUACUAAACAAUUGUCUAAAAUUAUUAGACAAAACUAAAUACCCUCAAGCUGUGACAUCUGUCAAUUACAUGCUAUCAGAUAUCUACAUUGCAGUGCAUAAUAAUCCAUUAAGCCAUGAAAUUGCAGAUUGCACUUAUUUGGGUAAGAUAUCCGUUGAUGGUCAUGUUCAGAAUAGCAGUGCAUCAACUAAUUUUGAUCAUUGGACUUAUUCUGUUGACAUUCAAAGUGAAAAUAUAUCAGACAAGAAAGAAAAUAUAACCCAAAACCCAGAAUACUAUACUGCAAAUAAUUUGAUAAUAACUAUAGACGACUGUAUUUAUAAGGCAUUGUAUUAUAUUGGAUGCAGUUUAAGUGGUUUACAAUAUUUCAAGAAUAAUGAAGAUAUCUCGGUUGAACAUCGCCUCAGAAGAAUACUUUUCGAAAAAGCAUCAAAUGUUUAUUUUAUUUUAGGCGGAAAAUGUUUUAAAUCCAAUAAUUAUGGAAUAGCAUUAAAAUUUUUUCGCCGAUCACUUGAAUGUCAACUAUUCAAUUCUAAUACACAAAAUAUCUUCAAUUUAUUGAGAGGUGUAUUAGAAUGUUGUGGCAAUUGUUUUCUAUCAAUUUUGAAUGUUUGGGAUAAAAUAGAACAGUAUACGAGCGAGUUUGAAACUGAUGAAGUUUAUGAUGUUGAAUUAAGAGAGACAUUGAUAAUUAAUUCUAAAUACUGCACUAUCAAAGAUUUAAAUUUAAUUCCGACAAGACUCAAUAAUUCAAGAGAAAGCUUGUUGAAUGCAGCAGAACAGUGUUACUUGCGUGCUUUAGCAUUAGAAACAAAUAUUCAGGAAAAAACUUCUCUGAAUAAACGUUUAGGCAGUGUUUACAGCGAAUACUCUAAAUUUUACAUGAGUGAAAUAUUAGUUGCCAUACAAAAUAACAUCUCUCUAACUCCUGUAAAGUUAAAAUGGCUUAAAAAAAAAUCAGAGCAUUAUUUAACAUUGGGAAGUGAUAUAUUUAAAACAAAUAAUGAUAAGUCUAACUUUGUAAUGAUACAUAUAAACUUAGCAUGUGUGUACAGAGACAUAGCAGGAUAUUCAUCAACAUUUCAGAUUCAUACCAAAGAAUUUUUUAAAGAAGAUAAUUUAUAUUUAAAGGCUGUGAAUAUGUAUAUGAAAAGUUUGUCUGAGCUUGAGGAACGUAAUUCUAAUCGAAAACUUUGGGAUAUGGUUUUCUAUGAAUUAUUUUCAGUUCAGUACUAUUUGUCAGUUCAAAACUAUUUGGCACUAUACCGAGACGGUUCAAGUAACUACCAAGAAUGUAUCAAUUCAUUCAUAAUAGCUUUGAAAUAUUGCGAUUUGGAAAAUGAUACACCCAAUAGAUUUAAUUAUGAGUAUCAAGCCGCAUUUAUUUACUUAGGUUUGGCAUCUUUGUAUUCUGUUCGUUUGGAAAAAUGUAUCAUGAAUAUGAAGUCUCAAGAGGCUGAUUCUUUUUUAUAUCAGACAAAGGUUUACUAUAGUAAUUCAUUUGAAUUAUAUUUUAAAAUUAAGUGUCCAGUGGAAGCUCUUGAAGUUCUUGUAAAAAUGAUAAGAUUAGACAUGCGCUUUAUUAAUGGUAUCAUAGGUGAAUGGCUUGUUAAACAUGUCGAGUCCAUUAUAAGAACAUUGGGAAAAUGUGAUGCAGUGUUUUUGAUGUUCUUGGAAAAUAAGGACAUAAUGAGAGAUGUACCUAUAUCAGAUCAAGUCGAAGAGUUAGCCAUUGUAGAUGAAUCAAACUUUGAAAUGAAAAAACUAAAAUUUUUAAAAAUGCUCUACGAAAAUGUGUGCAAUCUCUUGAAAUUUAUGAUCAAAAUGUCUAAAACAUUGAAAUGGCUGGCUGACAAAGAAGAUGAACUAAAAACCAUUUAUAGUGUACUGUUAAGGAAUACAGUUGGUGACAGUAAUUAUUCUCAACUAAUGGUAACUGUAAAACAAUUAUCUACGUUUUGUGAUAAUUAA